AUGAUUAUUGCCUAGAAGGUCAAAUCAAAGUGGGAGAGUUCGCAGAGCCAUCGAGUCCGGCCGACGGCGAAGGUUCUUCAUCUCUUCCGACGAUCUUUUCCCGGAUCAGAUUCGCCUAAUUCUCAAUAUUUCCUCAAUAGAUCCGUAGGAUCAAGAUCAUGCCUUCUCUUGCUGACUCCAGCAUCCAUGGGUUUUAAUUUGAUGCAAACUUGUUGUCGUCUACCUGUUGGAAGGCCGACGGAGACACCUUUUGUCCCAAGAGAGAGGCUUUUGAAGCAUCAGCAAUAUUUCCAGAGUGUUCAGAAACAUACAUACUUGAAAGAGUGAUACGACAGGAAACUUUUUCUUGUUUGGUAAGCUUGUUGUAGGGAUGAUAGCCCGUGCAGAACUCAGUAAUUUGAUGUUUGACUGAAUCUUGUUCUUGAAGUGUUGCUGUUAAACAUCUUUGAUAACAGGUAACAUAUUUUGAUCUUUGCAAGUGUUUUGCAUCGAAAAUAUUACACUAAUGCUUGACUCAUCAGUAAGCCAGGCAAAAGCUGUGUGCAACAGGAGAGUGGCCAUGAUGCUGCAUGGUGCAAAAGUAAUGCUAAAGAGAAAUGGCACUGCAGUUUUGAAGAACUUGUAUCAUGGGCUUUCGCUGUCCUUGUAAUAGGUUCUAAGCUUCAGGUUAAAGGAGUUUGCCACGAUCCGGUACCAGCAAAAUAUGGCAGACAUGCUUCCUUUUUCUUGAGCUCCCUUUGUUAGCUGGGUCAGGUUACGCAGGUCAACAUUAAGUGAUGAGAGAAGAGUAAAAGACUUGACCCGCACGCUUGCGGCGCAAGUGUCCUCUUCGGAAACGGAAGCCGCGGGAGUCUUCGCGAGCAAGAAAGCCACGCACCUUCGCUGAAUCCCCGCGCGCCGCGUGUUCGACAGCUGUCGCGACACGUCAUCCUUUGAUACCCUCGCGGAAGCCUCUCGUCUUCUAUAUAAGUAUCUUCGUCCCCGAACCCCCACGCCUCUCGGAGCGCGCGAGCAUGGCGAUGGAACAGGAAAGGAAAAAGCGACAACCACGAAGGGGGCAUGAUGGUCCCAAUUCUGUGGCAGAAACUAUUGCUCGAUGGAGAGAGCACAACGGUCAACUGGAUGCCGAUAAUUGUGUCCGUCGAGCACCGGCAAAAGGUUCAAAGAAAGGUUGUAUGAAAGGCAAAGGAGGUCCAGAUAAUCCAAACUGCCAAUACCGUGGUGUCAGGCAGCGAACAUGGGGCAAAUGGGUCGCUGAGAUCCGAGAACCCAAUCGUGGUAAUCGACUGUGGUUAGGCACCUUCCCAACUGCGCUGGAAGCUGCUGUUGCUUAUGACGAAGCUGCAAGAGCUAUGUAUGGACCUUAUGCCCGUCUCAACUUGCCCGAACGUUAUGGUGAUAGUCAACUUGGUGCAACUAAUGGAUCAUGCGAAUCCUGCAUGACGUCGCAUCAGUCUCAUUCGGAUGUCGGUAUUUCAAGCUCAGGGGAAACCGAGGUGAUACCAAAAAUCGAGAAGACGGAUGAGCGGGACAAUGGACUAUCAUCAUCAGGCAAUCACAAGAUGGAGCAUUCUCAACCUGGAUAUUGGAAUGAGGAUUUCCCUAUAGAUGAAAUUUUCUUGGAAGCAUUGUUAGAGGGGAUGGAUGCUGAUUGCACCGGUACUUAUCACCAAAUUGGCAUGGGUGACGGUGAUGCUUAUCAGCGACGCGGUGAUGUCUCGGAUUUCCCAUUCCACCCUCAGAACGCCGACGCCGAGAUGCUUGGGGCUUUUCCUCAAGUAGAUGAAGGCCUAAAUGGUUUUGAUCCCGAUGACUAUUUCUUAUGGCCUAUAGAAGGAGACUAGAAUGUGGAUUGGCUGAGGAGUGAGAGUUAUUCUGGAGCUCUUCAAAGAAGGAUUUUAGCCUUGACAUUCUUACUUGCAGAGUUCACUCUGUGGGUGGCAUAUGCAUGCGUUAGCAUUAGUCCACCCUUCUGGUGAUAUACUUUUUAUGUAUAGUAGAAUGACACUAUUUUGGAUAUAGUUCAUUGAAGCUGGCUGGUUCUCCAUAGGUUUGGAAAUGAGGGAACAAAGCUUCAUCCUCUAGUUUUGCUGACCUGUUCAUAUCCCUCCUUUUCUUUCCCUUUACCUUGAAACCUUAUCCUUGUUACAGAUAUCAAAGAGGAUCAAACAUGAAAGUGUAAAGCAUUUGCUGUUUUUAGAACUUCAGAAUAUCAUGUGCAUAUUUGAGGAUGUUGUUAAUAUUAAGAGUUCUGAUCUGCUUGUCUCUCA